AUGGCGUGCCUGACUGAAUUGAUCAACAGUUCCGUCGCAUAUCUCUGCUGCCGCAGCGGUUUCAAGAGGGCUACCAGCAACGAAACUCCGGUUGUGGCUCAAAAUGGAGCGGCUAAUGGGUCUGGAAACCAAACCCAAAAUGGAACCCAGAACGGCAUUCAGAACGAAGUUUCUGCUGGAACCCAGACCAUCACCGAGAACGCUGCAGCGGUUCAGUCAGGUGACACUGGAGAGGCGUCAGCAGCGCCAGCUUCAUCUUCAUUAAAUGGAGAGCUACCAGAUCAGAAAUCGAAUGGAGAACCUGGAAAGCCGGCACAGGCUGGUACAUCGACUAAGAAAGUCAAGGCUCCAAAGCCAAAGGCUACAAAGCGCUUCAGAGUAAUGCCAGUUCAAGUCUCUCUGGACAUCGUGGAGCCAGCACCAUCGACAGAGCCUCCAGUUCAAAAGCGACUCCUUUGCUUCUAUUAA